AUGGACUACGCGUACCUCUUCAAAUUCCUCUUGAUUGGUGACUCGAGAGUUGGGAAGUCGUCGCUGCUCUCUCACUUCAUCGACGGCAGCUUUGGACCCCUUCCCGCCACUGUCGGCGUGGAGUUUGCCUCCCGCUGCGUGGUCGUCGACGGGGUCGUGAUCAAGCUGCAGGUGUGGGACACCGCCGGGCAGGAGCGCUUCCGCUCCGUGACGCGCUCCUACUACCGAGGGGCGGCGGGUGCCCUUUUGGUCUACGACGCCUCCAGGCGCGACACAUUCGAGAACGUGCUCGGAUGGCUGGAGGAUGUCGAGACCAAGUGCCCCUCUUGCCAGCUCCCUGCCGGCCACGGUCACGGCAUGGCGAUUGCGCUCGUCGCGAACAAGCGCGACCUGCGCCACCGCGCGGUCCCGACAGAGGAGGGCGCCGCCUUCGCCGAGCGGCACGGGCUCCUCUUCUUCGAGGCAUCCGCGAAGACAGGCCAUGGGGUUACCGAGGCCUUCACCAGCGUCGCGAGAGACGUGUGCAGCAGGGUGCGACACGGUACCGUGGACUUGCGGGAUGGCGCCUGCGGCAUCCUCGCCAAGCAGCGGACGGCGCCCAUCGUUCUGGCGCGCAAGAGGAGCGCCUGCGGGGCCCGAGGGAAGUACUCAGUGCCUUGCGGCACGGUGGCGGACCAGUGCAACCAGGCGGAGGCGUGUCUGAACCGACUGAUCAAGCCAGGGCCCAGGCACGGCCAUGGCCCCGCCGGGAUGGCCGCGCGCCCCCGCGUGCUCGGGCACGGCCACGGCCUGGACCUCCUGUGCUGCGGCUUCGCCGGCGGCGGGGCGAGCCCGUCCCCCGCGGCCAGCGGCGCCGAGGGCGCGCCGGCGCAGCUGCCGCGGCCGCUCGUGGCGCUGCCGGCCGCGAGCGAGCGGCCAGGCCGGCUGGGCUCGCCGCGGGCCGCCGCCGUCGCGCCGCAGCACGUCGCGUCGAGCAGCCCGCCCGCGCGCUCCGCUGGCAGGCCCUGGGCGGCGAGCGCGCCGUGCCCUGCCAAGGCAGACAAGGACGGGCCGCCCUUGGACCCCGUCCGGGCCAUCGAGGACACGUUCUACCUCAUUCGGGCGCCGCAUGCGCCAGCGGGCCUUCCACGGCAAGAAGGGCGCGAAGGGCCUCACGAGGACCCUGCUGGACGUGGGCCUCCUCCUCGUGCCCUUCGUCGUCUUCUCGGACCUGAUCCGCUUCAGCCCCCAGCACACGUGGGGCUUCGUCGCCCCCACGGUGGUCACCGUGUGGAUCGUCUCCGUCAACCUUUGGAUGACGGCGAAAAGUCCAGAGCGGAUUUUCAUGGAGUGGGCGAAAACGGUUCUUUACGUGUGCGUGAUGUGGUUCGCCUGGGUAUACGACCCGAACUACCACGACGAGUGCAGGCUUUGGAGCGCCAAGCGAGGCUUCCAGAAAACGUGCUUCACGUACGAGGAGCAGGCGGUGCUCCACGUGCUGGUGGCGGUAGAGGCGCUCAUCUUGGUCACCUGGCUCGUCGUCCGGUUCGGGUACACCAGCGUGCUGGUUUGUGCAGGCGCCCGCACCUUCUGGAGGUUGCGCGCGCACCCUGGCGGCCUCCCCGGAAGCAAACGCCCGGUUCUCCUACCGGCCCUUCGGCUGGUUCUCCCCCUUCCGGCGCGAGUGCGCCUACCAGGGCGGCGUGGACUCCCUCGGCCGCCCCCACGGGCAGGGCAGCUG